AUGCGAGUUUAUACACAAGUUGGUAAAAAACAACAUGCUGAUCAAAUUGCAAUACCAGAUUUUGCUUCGAGAGCUAUGGAAAAUUGGGGUUUAAUUACAUAUCGUGAAAUAGCUCUUUUAAUUGAUCCGACAUUUUCAUCCAUGAGUGCACGACAACGGCUUAAUGAAGGAUUUGCUAGAUGGAUUCAAUAUCUAGCUGUUGAUAGAUUUUAUCUUGAACGGGAUGUACUUUCACAAUUUCUUGUGCUAGAUGCUUUGAAAUCAUCACAUCCUAUUGAAAUACCUAUUGGUCAUCCAUCUCAGAUUGGCGAAAUUUUUGAUAUUAUAUCAUAUGCGAAAGGUUCUUCAGUAAUUCGUAUUAUGGGUAAAUCAGGUGAUCAGGCAAUUAUUGAUGAAGCAAAAAACCGCUUUCAACAAUAUAUUAAUGGAAAUUUAAUUGAUCCAAAUAUUCGCCCAGCUGUUUAUGUUGUUGUUUCACAUUAUGGAGAUGAAAAUAGUGCAUCUUCUCGAGUUGGUCGAGAUAUAGUUUGGAAAUUUUUACAAAAGAAUUGGACAAAACUUGUGGAACGUUUUGGUGAAAAUAGUGUUUUUCUUAUGCAAUUUUGUUGA